AUGGAAGAUAAAUCUACCAAUGAGCCCAAAUUUUUACUUAAUGGUGAGCUGGCUGCCCAUUUAUUACCAGGUGACUUGGAUGAUUUUAAUAGCCUGGUCGGAGGUAUCAAUCCAAACAAGCCCCACAAAGACAAGUUUCUUAUGGAUCAUUCUAAGAGGAUACUCUACAAGAUCUUAUCUAGUCAACCGAAGGGUUAUAACGAAGCUCGAUUUUAUCACCUAGUGUUUUGCGGAAAUAGUGACCCUUUCCUCAAAACCCUUCGGGAUUUUUUACCCGCAUAUCGUGGUCUUUUUCAUCGUCCGACGACUAGACAAUAUUUUAUCGCGCUGGACAAUGUACAAUAUGGAAUGCGAAAUCCCAAUUCGAUGGACGUGAAAUUAGGUCAACAAAGCUACGUCCCCACUGCGUCACCAAAUAAAAUGAAAACAGAAGAGGCAAAGUACCGUUGGCGUAGACAGUUAGGAUUUUUUAUCACCGGAAUGAAAUUGGAUGGCAUCUUCUAUGACCGAAAUCAUGGGUCAUCCUUAUGUCCUGACACCAUCUACGAAAAGGGUAUUUGUCUCUUUUUGGAUGGCAAAGUAGACAACGAGAAGGUUAAGCUUCAACGAAGGUCUAUUCUAGGCCGCAUGUUUGCAGAACGCGUAGGUAGCCUGAAGGCUUGGUUCGAAACCCAGGAAACACAUCGAUUUAUCGCCUCUUCUCUUUUCUUAUGUUAUGAUUGGCAAGGAUGUGAUAUUAAACCUAUUAUUAGCUUCCAUCUUAUUGAUUUUGCUCGAUGGUAUACAGUGGAGAACACGGGAAACGAAAUGCCUUCUCGUGAUGAGAAUUGUCUAUUUGGCCUCAAAAAGCUUCACAGUUUGUUCCAACAAGCCAGUGAGAAAACGCUCAAUAACUAG